AUCUGCUCACCAGUUGUCACGUGACUGUCAUGGACGCUUUGCGCUAACGUAGAUUGAAAGUGGAAUAACAAUCGUACUUAGGUGCUAUUUGCAGUUUCCUCGUGUGCCAGUGUUCCCGAUAAAGUCUGCAAAGAUGGGCAGACGGUCAAUUAACACCACCAAGAGUGGGAAAUAUAUGAAUCCCACGGAUCAGUUCAGAAAGGAGGCAAGAAAGAGAGAACUGAAGAAGAACAAGAAGCAGCGUAUGCUGGUGCGACAAGCUGUACUCAAAGGGAAGGAUCCAAUGAAGCUGCUGGAAGAAAUGGAGCAGAUUGAUUCCAUGGAGUACAAUCCCAUUGAGGCUCCUAAGCUGAAUGAGAAAGUAUUGAAGGACAAGAGAAAGAAACUCAAGGAGACAUUUCAGAGAGUUUUGAGACUUUAUGACAAAGAAAACCCUGAAUAUGCUGUGGAACUGAAAAAGGCUGAGUUUGAGUAUGACAAGAAAAGACUGCAGAUGCAGCUUUACUUUGAGCAAGUGAAAAAUGCAGAGAGAGUGCAGCUUGAUCAGAUUCCACUGCCUGAUAUGCCCGUUGAGACAACCAUCCCCUCCAUGAUCCCACUGCCCAAUGAAAUGCCCCUCCCUUUCCCGGACCGCCCACCAAUUGGGAUCCUGAAGAAGACCUCUGCAUACUCUGGCAUGCAGGAGGAGUACUUUGCCAGGAAGAGAAAGAACAUCCCUGGUCCCCCUCCUGGUCCCCCACCAGAGCUGAGUGACAGUGAAGAUGAAGAAUAUGACCCUGCUAAAGGGAUAGAGGAGAAUAUUGGGACAGUGGAUGUGGAUAUGGAACAUAUUCAUGCUCAUGCCCAUGAGAUGCUGGAGGAGGUGGGAAUCCCCAUGCCCGGACAAGUGGCUCCCCCAGGGGAUGUCAUACCAGCUGGAGUAACAGUCACAGCACCACCAGACUUCCGUGCCAGGGACGAACCUCCAGCUAAACUUCGUAGAAUCCGGUUUGAGGAUGACGACACUAAAGAUGUCAAUGAAGUUGAGAAGGACACAAGACUGCGACUGACCUCCAAGUCGAAGUCUAAGGUGUCGCCUCUUCAGGCACGGAUGUUGAUGAUGGCCGGGCAGGAGGUGCCAGAGGAUGAGGGGAAUGUGGACCACGCUGAAAAGGAGGACAGUGAGGAUGAGGAAAAUGAGGACGAUCUGCCCAUGCCUCAGAAGCAGCCAAUCCGAUAUGAUCCAAAUGAGGAGAUGAAGGCACCUGGUACCCAGGAUGAGCCAGUAGAUCCCCCUGGUAUACCUGUACCUCCCCCGAAGAUCACCCCAGGCCCUCCAGCUCAUACAGCACCUGGAGCCCCUCCUGGAGCCCCGCCUGGUGCCCCUCCUGGUGCUCCUCCUGGUGCUCCUCCUGGUGUACCUCCAGGUGUUCCCCCAGGACCACCUCCUGGAGCUCCACCCAUGUUCAUGCGCCCCCCACCACUGCGAGGAGCACCCCCUGGGGCCCCACCCAGGAUGUUACCGCCAGGCCCUCCACCUGGCAGACCUCAGGGUCUCCCACCUGGCCCCCCGCCAGGCCUGCCACCAAGUCUACGAGGUGUGGGGCCACGCCUACACCCAGGUCAUCCAGGUGUAGGUCCUCCUCGAAUGAUACGGCCGCCUGGAGCACCACCUGGUAUUCCCCCUCCAGGUAUCCCCCUCCCCCCAGGGAUGGCACCCCCAAUGAACCCCAAUGUUCUCAGUGCCCCACCCAGCAUCAUGAAACCCCCUCUCAAGUCUAUAGACGAGGAGAAGAAGAACACAGCCACCAUCGAGGCCAAACCACAGAUCAAGAAUGUCCUGGGAGAUGUCACAAGGUUCAUGCCCACGGCACUCAAGGUCAAGAGAGGCAUCAAGGAUGUCAAGGGGAGAGUCAAAACAACUGGCAAGGAAGAGGAGAAGCGAUCUUCCAGCACGUCCUCAGUGCCGACACCCGUGGCUGCAGCACAAACCAAAACCAAAGACGAUGCUUAUGAUCAGUUCAUGAAGGAAAUGGAGGACUUGUUCUGAGGGCCAGCAUCUGCCAUGAGUAUACUAAACCAACCAGUGUGACGCUGUGUGCUUAUGCAGUAUAACAGGAGUGUAAGAAAGUGACUGUUCACCAGCAACACCAGCUGUCUCAAACAUGUGCUCAACAUCAGAUCACAGGAUUCAUUUGGAACUCUUGCUAUAUGUGCAGAUUUCAAGACAUCUUUAUGUUAUACGUGUUCACAAAAUGUUUCCAUGCAGCUGCUUCAGGAUCUGUAGUGCAUGAAGGAGUGUUGUCAUGCCAAUAUACAGUGGUGCUUUAUGUAGCAGACUGGUUGAAACUCAUGUGAAAUACAGAUCUGCUAAAUCAGACUUUCACGAUCAUAAUGAAUUAUCAGCUGUUACACAUCCUGGAAGUGAAGACUGUUACAUGAGCUGGACCUGGUGAAGCUUCAUCAGUCAGGAUUGAAGAAUCAUUUCCAAUUAUUAACCAACAAAUUAAUAUGGAUAAGAUAGGUCCAUUUUGAUUGACUGACUGAAGAGAUAUGUGUAAAAUCACUGCUUAUGGUCAUAAGAGACUAUUGCAGUUUUUCAUUCUGGUAUGCCUAAGCUUUUAUCUGUGUAAAAUAUGAUGCAUCCAUAUGUGGCAAGAACAAUGACGGAAGUUGUGUUACACAUGUACGUUUGUAGGUGUCAUGCAAAAA